AUGGGUGACUUUAAUGCCAUCAUUAACCCAAACAUAGAUAAAACACCACCAUCAAAAAAGAAUAACAACAAGUCAAACCUCAUUGAAUUCCUAAUCGACAACAAUUACAUAGACACCCAAAAAUACGCAUUUGACAAACACACUGAACACACAUGGCAAAGAAAUGCUAGCAGCAGUAGAAUUGACUUUAUUUGGGUAGAUAACAAUAUAUUUGAUAAAAUAACAAAAAUUAAUAAACCUUAUAUUCCCAACUACAAAACAGAUCAUAAAUGCCUAAGCAUAGAUUUAAACAUAAAAAUUAAAAAUUGGAAGACAACAUCAAACAUAGAAAGAUAUGUUUACAAUUGGGAAAAUACCAAACAAAUUAACAAUUAUAAAAAGAAAACCAACAAACUUGCUGCAAAAAUCAAUGAAAAUAAAUCCAUACUAAACAAUAUAGAAUCUCUGUGGUCCUUGAUAAAAUACAACUUGAUCAAAGCAAAGGAAUUGAAUAAAGAAAGAAUGACACAAAUUAAAAAAUCUAUUGAAGCAAGAAAUGAAGAUUUUUUCACUAACCAAAAAAAAUUCUACAACAAUAUCCUUAACAAAAACAAAAACAAUAUUAAAAUUGACAGAAUAAUUGAAAACGACAUGAUUAUUACCAACCCAAAUAUGAUCAAAGAAAAAAUAGAAAAUCACUUCUACAACUAUUUUAAACAUAAUGAAUUACCAGAUAUUACAGAAGACAAUGAAUUCUGGAAAAUCCUUCAACCAAAAAAUACACACAAAGAAAUACUUCUAAAUAUUCUAGACAAACCCAAAGAAGAAGAAUGGAUCCCCAUCAUUAAACACUUGCCCUCAAAAAAAGCUCACGGACCUUCUAACAUCUCGUAUGAACAUAUAAAACAUGCUCAUUACAACAUGCAGAAAUUAAUUAUACACUUAAUAUCAUUGUGCUAUAAAAGCAACAAUAUUCCAGAAGAAUGGAAAACAUCACAUGUCUAUCCAAUCCCAAAAAGAGAAGAUUGGGGAUACAAUAUUAAUAUUAUAAGACCAAUUGCUAUCAUUGAACCAGUCAAAAAACUCAUGACAAAAAUCUUAACAAUAAGAAUGGAAAAAUUAAUCAGAGAACACAAUAUUUUAAAAGGCUAUAACUUUGCUGCUCAAAAACACUCAUCACCACAAAUCCCAAUACAAAUAAUAAAUAACACUAUUGAACAUUGUCGGGAUACCAAAUCAGAAACAUGGAUAAUGUUCCAAGACAUGUCAAGGGCAUUUGAUAAUGUAAACAUUGAAAGACUGAUCAUUACUCUCAAAAGAAUAGACCUCCCAGAAAAUUUCAUAAAUUUGAUAAAAAAUAUUCAUACUGGAAGGAAAGCAAAAAUCAUUACUCCAUUUGGCCUAACUAACCCUAUAUCAAUUGAAUCAGGAAUUGAACAAGGAGAAACAUAUUCACCUUUAUUGUGGAAAUUAUAUUAUGAUCCUAUAUUACAAUACAUACAAGAAAAUGCACACAAUAACUUACUAACAAUCCAUAACAAGUCACCAUCAGAGACUUUACAUCAGAAAUCACAAACAACAAUCACUAUCCCCCCACUUGCAUUUGUUGAUGAUGUAUCAUGGAUUGCCAAUUCCAGAAGUGCCAUGAAAAAUAUAUUGGAAAUUACUCAAUGGUAUAAUAUACUAAACAACAUCCAAGUCAAUUUAAAAAAAUCAGAUUUAUUAAUUCUAAAUUCAACACAUGAUGAUCUUACCCUUAACAAUGAUCAAACAAUUUCUGUUACAAAAAAUAAACCCAUCAGGUACCUGGGAGUUUACUAUGACAAUAAAGGCAGCAGUAAACCCACUUUUGAAAAAAUAGUAGAAAAAAUCAAAAUAUUUACCAACAUCAUAAAAUAUAAAAAAUUAACAUACAAACAGUUAUUUAAAGUAUAUAAUACAACACUCAAAUCAUCAAUUGAAUACCUAAUACAAAUUAUUACACUCAACAACAAAGAGAUAUCAACAAUAAAUAACCUUAUAAGGAAAAUUUUCAAAUCAAAACUCAACUUCCCAAAAAACAUACACAAUGACACUAUACAAAAUUUUAUGCUUGAAAAUGUACAACCAAUUGAAGAUAUAUUCCUCAUAACCAAUACAAGAAUCUUGUAUGACAUUAUACACUCUAACUUCUCUUUGCUCAAAUCUUUAAUAGACAUACGUAUAAAAGAUUGGAAAAGAACUGGUUGGUUUCAUAACAUUGACAUUGAAACAUUCAGAAAAUUCUCCAAAGACACCAAAAAUAACAUGGUUGCAUCCAUCAUAACAGAAUUAGCUAAAAAUAACCUAAUCAUUAAGAACCCAAAUAACUCAUAUCUAGGAACUGAACACCCCAAUUUUACUGACAUACAUAAGACAGUUGACUAUAAGAUCCUCACAAAAAACAAAAAGGCAUUUAAACAACACAAUAUAAUCUUCCUAGAACAGAUUACCACACAUGAUAAUAGAAAUAUAUUACCAUGGAAUAAAUCUACAUCAGAAAAUUUGGAACUAAUAAAGCACGAAAGGAACCUAAAUGACAGAAGGAAAAAUAACUGGGCUAUUAUCGCAAAUGAUGAUAACUCAAUUAUGCUGAUUAAAUUAAUCAACAUCCAAAAAAACAAUUAUGAAUUCAAGGAAUUAAACAUAAUCAACAUAACCAAUAAUGGAAUCAUAACAGAAGUAACAGAACUCACUAACAAGAUUGAGAAUUGCAAAAUAUAUAAAACUGGUAAAAUCAAAAUCAACAAAAAAGACAACCAAAUCAUUUGGAAAAUACCAUAUUUAGAGCUGGUUCACAGUAUUCCAAAUCAAACCAAAUGGUUUGAUAUCUUUAAACCAAUUCCAUCAGAACUAUACAAAUUGAACCAUAUGACAUGGUACAAAUUAAAACCACAAUAA